CGCAGGUUCAAGAGUCACACGCUCUGUGGACUGAGCCAGCCAGGUGCUCCCUUGUUUACCUAAAUCAGAUUGACCUGCAUCAGCCCUCCCUGACCUGUAAAAAUUGUCCAUAGUUCUUGACUAAUCAUGGAAAUAGAAGUCAAAACGACAGUGAUCUAUCACCGCACAUCCAUUAGCAUGGCCGCCACCAAGGAAUAGAGAGUGGCAAGUGUUGGCAGGCUGUGGAGACGCUGGAACCACUUUGGCCUGUUGGUGGGAAUGCAGACUGGGGCAGCCACGGUGGGAAACAGGAUGGAGGGUCCUCAAAAGACUAAAAAUAGAACUACCCUCUGAUUCAGCAAUUCUGCUUCUGUGUAUCUCUCCAUAAGGACUGAAAACGGGACCUCCAGGAAGUAUUUGCACAAGAACAUUCUAGCAGUAUUAUCCACAGUAGCUCAAGUGUGGAAGCCGUCCGAGCCGAUCGUCUCCCUCCCCGAUGGGUGUCUGCCCGGCAGCCGGGCGCAGGUCGCAGGGAGACACGCGUGAGGACGUCGCGGAGGUGCUGCUUGUAAGACAGCUCACGGGCCCCCGCAGAGCAAGCAGCCCUCGGGGGGAGCUGAGACACGUCUGCAGGAUCUCGCCGCGUUCUCUCUGUGGUGUUGCUAAGGAUAAAGCGAGGAUGGCCCGGUGGCCUCCGGUGCCUCCUCAGAGGACCGCCUGUUUCCUCCCUCGAGACCGUUCCUAUAUCGUUCUCCAGCUGGGACUGUUCACAGCCAGCACUGAGCUUAUCUGACCUGCACAGUCAUUACUCUGACUCCGGCAGAACCUGAACAUUCCUUCCCUCCCGCGGUCUGAGCCCCGCGCCCCGAGGCAGCAGCUCGGGCCAUGCCACCCAGAGCUGGUCCCGCACCUGCACGGCUGCGGGGCUCUCCCCAGCGGGCCAGCCCGCACCCCGGUCCCGUCACACCAGGGGCCUGUGUGUGUGUGUGUGUGUGUCUUGAGAUGCCAUUGAAAUUCUUACAAAAACUGAAAGUGAAAUGAGGAAAUGAUUGGGCAAUCAGAUUGAAGCGCCGGUGCCGGGAAGACCUAUCCUGCAGCGGGGCCAGGACGCGGCCGGGCGGGCGGAGGGGAGCGCAGGAGAGCUGUCCUGAGGGCGACCGCAGGGCCAGGCCCCCGAGUCAGUGUAGGACACCAGCAAGCACAGCUCACAGGAAAUGAGCCAUUCCCUGCGCUUGCUUACUCGAAAGGCCCGAACCUGCAAAGUUCCAGGAGUGCCAUGGAUGGCUGCGCAGGCCGGCAGUCACGCCUUUCUCCCUGCCUGGAGAGGGGAGAAGAAAUGAAACUGAAGGAGUGUGUCUCCAUCCUCCCCCUGAAGGAAAGCCCCUCUGUCCCAGUCUCCAAAGAUGGAACGCUGCUGGCCGUGACCUUGCUGCUGGCCCUGGCGGCCAGCUGCCUCUCGGUGCUGGCGUUCUGCAGGGUGGCCGCCCUUCAGGCCGAGCUGGGGAGCCUCCAGGCGGAGCUGCGGGAACUCCACCGGGCUGAGCAGCUGCCAGGCGCCCCCCAGGCCGGAGCCGCAGCUCCGAGGGCAGCCGUGCAGGAGGCCCCAGCUGUCCCCUCGGCUCUCAAAGGGAUCUUCGCACCACCCGCUGCAGGAGGGGGCAACUCCAGCCAAAGCCGCAGGAACACACGUGCCCUUCAGGGUCCAGAAGAAGCAGUCACUCAGGACUGCUUGCAACUGAUUGCAGACAAUGACACACCUACCAUACGGAAAGGGGCUUACACGUUCGUUCCGUGGCUGCUGAGCUUUAAAAGAGGAAGAGCCCUGGAGGAGAAGGAAAACAAAAUCCUGGUGAAGGAAACGGGUUAUUUCUUUAUAUAUGGGCAGGUUUUAUACACCGAUAACACCUUUGCCAUGGGACACCUAAUACAGAGGAAGAAAGUCCACGUCUUUGGGGACGAAUUGAGUCUGGUGACUUUGUUCCGAUGUAUUCAAAAUAUGCCUGAAACACUACCCAAUAAUUCCUGUUAUUCGGCUGGCAUCGCGAAGCUGGAGGAGGGCGACGAGCUCCAGCUCGCAAUUCCGCGGGAGGACGCCAAGAUAUCGCGAGACGGCGACGGCACGUUUUUUGGGGCCUUGAAGCUCCUGUGACCCGCGGACCCCUGCGCCGCGGCCGGGUCCUUCCUCGCUCCGCGCCUCCGAGGAGGAGACGCUUCCCGGGAAACACCCGAAGGAAGAAAAGCAGCGGUUGACUCGCCUUUUCUGGGAGCUGCUUAUUUUGAUUCCCUGAAACUAGACCAAACAGGAAAUUUCACGGACAACCGCAGCCCAGGGGUGUCCUGGGGACCGAAAGGAGGCCGCCCGCGGCGAGCGGGCUGGGCGCGGUCGCGCUCUCGGCUGGAGGGGCCGGUGGCCGGGGCCGUCGCCCUUUCCUGCGAACGACAGUCCGUCGUGUCCGCGGGGCGCUGGGACGUUCCUGGGAAACCGCCGCAGCCCGCCCGAGUCUUCACGUUACAUAGACAUGUGCCCUGUCCUUCCGCCGUGAACGUGCGGAGAAGUGUUUUAUUAGAAAGAAAAGGGGGAAAAAAAAAAAAAGAAAUCUUGCAUUUGGCACCUGAAAAAGUAACUAAAAGCUAACCCGGAGAUACAUUAAGGCCUUGCACUUAAAACGCAGGCACUAUUUAAAUUCCUCCAGUUUACUUCAAGUCCGCCCUUUUUAUCUGUAACAUUGUAUCACCGGCGGCACCACCAGACAAUUUUCGCAGGAGGGAAGUCAUUCUCUCCGGCGUCUACACUUAACUUGUAUAUUUUUUCUAGCUAAUGUCAGUCACUUCAGAAUCUUUACUGUGGGGUAAUUCCAGUUCUUACGUACGCGAGCAUAGAGUGAAAAAAUAGCCGUGAUUGGUCUUCUGUAAAAAUCAAAUCUCCAAUGGAAGUUAAUGAAUACCUUUAUAAUAAUGGAAUCUAUUGCCCUUUAUUUCUUAAUCUUCUGUUUGAAACUGCUGCUAUUAAAAACACACCCAUGUUAUUAGGUUUAUGGAAGUUGAGCUGUCGUUAAAGUUCUUGGCGUCUGGAAAGGUGUUCGUGCCAUGUGCUUGUUACCCGGCUCUGGAUACACCAGAAACAUCACCUUCUUUCCACCUAAUAGAGAACCGUACUCACAAACGCUGUCACAGCCGUCUUUAUGACACCAAUCUCUCUUGUUCUGCUUCUCUUUUUACAAAAAAGAAUUUACUUCAUUAAACAAUUUCUGUCUGUCUUUUAAACAGUAGGUGGAAAAAAUAGACCCCGAUGUAGACUCAUUUUCUCCAGUCCACAUUGGAAUGGGUUUAAGAAUAUGCUCUUCCAAACAAAGCAAGACGAUUUGUACUUUGUGUCUAAGAUGUCUAAGAUGAAAUGUUUAAAACUCUGAUUACCACAAUUUUGGAUUUUUUGUUAAAAUCAAAUGUAUUUUCAAACUUACUGUGUUACAAUAUUAUAGUUAAAAAGUACAGGGAGAGCAGAAGCCCUGAUCUAGGAGGUGAGUCAUUGUCCUCAUGUUGCUGCUAACUUGAAUUGCAGAAGAGAAAAUCUCAGUGCCUUCUGCCUGGCUUUUUGAUGGAGUUUGCUUAACACCCUUCAUCAUUCGGUUUUUCUCCAUGUAACUAAAUGACGUUUUAAAAAUUCAGUGCUGAGGUGUCUGGAUAGCACAGCGGUUGAGCCUCCGAUUCUUGGUUUCAACUCAGGUCACGAUCUCAGGGUCAUGGGAUCGAGCCCCACAACAGGCUCCACGCUCAG